AUGAUCUUCUACAUUUGUGGUGAUGAUAAUGUGAAAUUUGAUCAACUUUAUGUCAAGAGUCAAAAAGAAUUUCGUUAUAUGAACGAAAGAAAGUAUUUCUGCAAUUUGAAACGAUUAGUAAGGUUGCAGAUGCUUAUGGAAGGCGAUUUUGGCAAAAAGCAAACCUCCAAUACUUUAACAAAUUUUCAAACAUGGAGCAGGAUGCAACCCCAGAUAAGAGCUCACAGACUGGCCGUGGUGGAAGACAGCGGGAUCAAGCAGAAAAAGAUUGACAAUCAACUGACGAUUGAUGCUAAGGGUCACCAUUAG